AUGUCCGAACCAGGCCCAGACUCAAUCCCGACCAGCGCAGACCCCCGCAGCAAGCGACCGCUCAAACGACGCGCUGUAACUCCGCACUCCGAACAUGCCUCGCAGAUAGAACACCUCUUCCGUGAUCCCUCUAAAGAAAUCAGACUUCCUCAAGUCUCGCAGCCACGGACCGCAGCGUCCCUUCCUGCGCCUCCGGAGAUCGUUGCCAACGUCCAGGGUUCUUCGGCCGGCGCGGGAUCUGGAGAGUUCCAUGUCUACAAGGCGAGUCGGCGCCGCGAGUAUGAACGACUACGACUGAUACAGGACGAGAUUGAUCGGGAGAAGGAGGAUGGAGAGUGGGAGAAGAAAAGGGAGGAGGCACGGCGGAAGGAUGAUGACAAGACGGAGAAGAAUCGGAAACGGAGAGAGAAGCGAAACGCGGCGAAACAGAAUAAGCACAAGGGGCCUUCCAACAACAACAACAACAACAACAACAAUAUCGGGGAUAAGGGAAGUGAUGAUGAUGGUCCUAAUCCAUCCUCGGCCAAAGGGGCUUCUUCUGCUGGGUUGAGGAUAGGACAAACAUGGUCGACAACUGAUGGGUCGCAUGAGCCAGGCGUUGAAAUCCAGGGUGUGAUCAUUCACGAUGAUUGA